AGACAGAACACUACGCCAUAUUGGAUUGCUGCUGACGGGCAGCGUUAUUUUUAAGUCACCAGAACCGGUUAAGGCAUCGUGCAGAAUAACUAGCUAUAUUGAAGUAAAACCACGUCCAACAAAACCUUUAAAUUACACCAGGCAGCAGUUUCGUUGCGUUACAGUUCAGAUUGAGAAGUCCCGCGAUGAGCAGUUCUGAAGAGGUUUCAUGGAUCUCCUGGUUCUGUGGACUGAGAGGAAACGAAUUCUUUUGUGAGGUGGAUGAGGACUAUAUCCAGGACAAGUUUAACCUCACAGGCCUGAAUGAGCAGGUUCCACAUUAUCGGCAGGCCUUGGACAUGAUCUUGGACUUGGAACCCGAUGAGGAGCUGGAGGAUAACCCCAAUCAGAGUGACCUGAUUGAACAGGCAGCCGAGAUGCUGUACGGCCUGAUCCACGCCCGAUACAUCCUCACCAACCGAGGCAUCGCUCAGAUGUUGGAGAAGUACCAACAGGGAGAUUUUGGCUACUGUCCUAGAGUCUACUGUGAGAAUCAGCCCAUGCUACCGAUUGGGUUAUCGGACAUCCCAGGGGAGGCCAUGGUGAAGCUCUACUGCCCAAAGUGUAUGGACGUGUACACGCCCAAAUCCUCGCGGCACCACCACACGGACGGGGCCUAUUUCGGCACGGGGUUCCCCCACAUGCUGUUCAUGGUUCACCCCGAGUACCGGCCCAAGAGACCGGCCAACCAGUUUGUGCCCAGGCUUUACGGCUUUAAGAUCCAUCCCAUGGCCUAUCAGCUUCAGCUUCAGGCCGCGUCCAGCUUCAAGAGUCCUGUCAAAGCCAUCCGCUGAAGCCCUGGGUGCAGGGGCAGAGAUGGUGGGGGCGGUGUCCGAUUCAAGCUGCUAAAGCUGUGUUAUGAUCCCACUACAGCAGAACCAGGUGCACCCUGAUCCUGGGUCUAAGGCUGGGUACUCUUCUACACAACACGCUCACGUUAUGCACAUACAUACACACGCACGCACACGUUAUGCACCUGCACACACACACACACACACACACACACACAUACACGCACACAUUAUGCACAUACACACACACACACACACAUACACGCACACAUUAUGCACAUACACAGACGCACACAAACAUACACACACAUUUAAGUUGGUGAAGUGAGUAUUCUGUUUAAUUGUUUUUAAGAAUGUAUGAAUCCCCUUCUUCCCCCUACUUAGAUUUUUGUCUCACUGCAAUCAUUCAGUAGGAGUCCGCUUAGGAAUUAAAUUAUUGGGGGUUUUCUUAGUUUGUUUUCUUUGUUUUUGUCCUGCAGCUACACAAACAAAUUAUUUUCUUUUUUUGUAAUAAAAAGAGAAAUGAAAUAG